AUGUCGGGCAGGCCAACCCGUCGCGCCGCUGCCACACGGCGCGCCGCCAUCGUCGAGUCGUCCGACGACGAAGACGAAAUCGCAAACGCCACAGCCAUAAAGAAGGACGACAGCGAAGAUGAGUUCACCCUCGAGCUUGAGGAAGAGGCCGCUCCGCCUCCGCGACGCCGCACCACUGCCGGCAGGAGGAAGACGGCUUCGGUGGCCCCCCCGUCCACAACCACAACCACAGCUAAAGGCCGCGCCAGCCGCUCGCGAAAGAGCGUUGCGCCCGCCUCCACGCCCGAACCCACAGAGCCUGAAGCCGAAGCCGAAGUCGAAGCUGGACCUGCGCCUGAGCCCGAGCCCGAGCCCAGUGAGGUCUUCGACCCGGACCAGUCCACCGCUACAGUAAUUCACGAUGAACCCGAGCCUGAGCUUGAGCCCGAACCUCCAGUCAAGAAACCUGCCGCCAGAAGGGGCAGGAAGAGCACAGCGCCGCUGCGCAGGACGACCAAGGAGCCCACCCCAGAUGUGCCCCCUUCCACGGCGUCGUCAGAGUCCCUGCCGACGCCCAAGGCCUCCGUGACACCCGAGCCUCCCCCUUCGUCGCAAGGCCGCGGCACGCCCCUGGCGGACAUCACCAACCAGACCGUCAUCGAGCCGCGGCAGACUGGCGAUGAGACCGUCACCCAGAUCAAGCCCAUCAAGGCCAUGGACACCAUCCUCGAGAAGCCCAUGGACAUCGUGCUCAAGUCGCGCGCCCAGAUGUCCAUCCCCGUCGUCCAGGAGGACACUGGACCGAAGCCUCGCAUCGUCAUCACCUACCUUAUCCUCAACAACUUCAAGAGUUAUGCCGGCAGACAGGAGGUUGGGCCCUUCCACGCCUCCUUCUCCUCCGUCGUCGGCCCCAACGGUUCUGGCAAGUCCAACGUCAUCGACUCGUUGCUCUUCGUCUUUGGCUUUCGCGCCAGCAAGAUGCGACAGGGCAAGAUCUCGGCCUUGAUCCACAACUCGGCAGCAUACCCCGACCUGGACCACUGUGAGGUUGCUGUACACUUCCAAGAAGUCAUGGAUCUUCCCGGCGGAGGAUCGGAAGUCAUCCCCAACUCUCAGAUCGUCAUCUCCCGAAAGGCGUUCAAGAACAACUCGAGCAAGUACUACAUCAACGGCAAAGAGUCCAACUUCACCGUUGUUACCACGCUUCUCAGGGAGCGCGGCGUCGACCUGGACCACAAGCGUUUCCUGAUUCUCCAGGGCGAAGUCGAGUCCAUUGCCCAGAUGAAGCCCAAGGCUGCCAACGAGCACGACGAUGGCCUCCUGGAGUACCUCGAGGACAUCAUCGGCACGUCCAAGUACAAGACCCCGAUCGAGGAGUCCGCAGCCGAGGUCGAGACCUUGAACGAGGUCUGCAUGGAGAAGAGCGGCCGUGUUCAACACGUCGAAAAGGAGAAGAAUGGUCUUGAGGACAAGAAGAACAAGGCCCUCGCCUACAUCCGCGACGAGAACGAGUUGACUCUCAAGCAGUCGGCCCUGUACCAGCUUUACAUCAGCGAAUGUAACGAUAAUCUGGCGGUCACCGAAGAAGCCAUCAGCCAGAUGCAGGCACAGCUUGAUGCCGAGCUGGAGAAGCACAACGGCAGCGAACAGGUCAUUAAGCAACUCCAGAAGACCUACAACAAGGGUAGCAAGGAGUACGAGGCUCAAGAUAAGGAGCACCAGGCUCUCGUCAAGGAGGUUGCCAAGUUUGAGCAAGAACGUGUCAAGUUCGACGAGAAGCGCAAGUUCUUAACGGAUAAGCGGAAGAAGCUCGAAAAGACGAUCGCCAAUGCCGAGAAAUCAUCGGCCGAGGCCGACGAGACCAUUGAGCAGUGUUCAGAGGACAUAACCACUCGCGCUGAGGAGGUCGCCGCUCUUGAACAGAGCAUCCAGGAGGAGGAGGCAGAGCUGGCCACUAUCCGCGACAGCCUGAAGGGCAAGACCCAAGUCUUCUCCGACCAGAUUGCCGCCAAGCAGAAGUCUCUGGAGCCGUGGAAGGAAAAGAUCAACCAGAAGCAGUCUGCUAUCGCUGUCGCCGAGUCCGAGAUGGCCAUUUUGGAAGAGAAGGCCAAUGCUGGCGAAGUCGCUCUCAAGGAGAUGAACGCCAAGAUUGCCAGUAUUGACAAGGGGCGCACGGCCAAGCUUGCCCAACUCGAGGAAUGCCAGGCUGAAAAGGCCGAGCUUGAACAGGAGGCUCAGGAGGUUGAGGGCCACCUGGCCCAGUUUGCGUCCAAGGAGCACAUCAUCCGAUCCAAGGUGUCGAAUGCUCGGCAAAAGGCCGACGAGGCACGUUCCAGCUUAUCCCAGAACCAGAACCGCGGCAACGUGCUCACAGCCUUGAUGCGCAUGAAGGAGACUGGUCGUAUCGAUGGUUUCCAUGGACGUCUGGGUAACCUUGGUACCAUUGAUCAAAAGUACGACAUUGCAAUUUCGACAGCCUGUGGCCAAUUAGACAACUUCGUCACGGACACUGUCGAGGCUGGUCAGCAGUGCAUCGAAUAUCUUCGCAAGACCAACCUGGGUCGCGGUAACUUCAUGUGUCUUGACAAGCUUCGUGCCCGUGGUAUGGAUCCUAUCCAGACCCCGGAGGGUGCGCCUAGACUCUUUGACCUGGUCAUGGCCAAGGACGACAAAUUCCGACCGGCCUUCUACCACGCCCUUCAAGAUACACUCGUCGCCCAAGAUCUGGCCCAAGCGAACAGAAUCGCCUACGGUGCCAAGAGAUGGAGAGUGGUCACUCUGGCCGGAGAGCUCAUCGACAAGAGCGGUACCAUGUCAGGUGGUGGCACGACUGUCAAGAAAGGCGCCAUGUCCAGCAAGCUAGUGGCCGACAUUUCUAAGGAACAAGUCGCCGAGCUGGAGGAGAGUCGCGAUGUGCUCGAGCAAAAAUUCCAAAAGUUCCAGGACCAGCAGCGCGAGCUGGAGAGUCGCCUGCGCCAGCUCAAGGAGCAAAUCCCGCAGCUCGACACCAAGAUGCAGAAGAUCAACCUGGAGAUUCAAAGCGCCGAGAGGAAUCUGGCUGAUGCUCAGCGCCGCAUCAAGGAGCUAAGCAAGGAACACCAGCCAUCUCAGACUGACGAUAACCGCGCGGCUGCUCUGCAAAAGGACAUUGCCAAGCUCAACAAGGAGAUCGAGAAGCUCCACGCCGAAACGGAAGGCGUCGAAGCGGAGAUCAAAGAGCUCCAGGACAAGAUCAUGGAAGUCGGUGGUGAGAAGCUUCGUGCCCAACGUGCCAAGGUGGACUCCAUCAAGGAAGAGAUCGCAUCUCACAACGAGGACAUUUCCGCCGCCGAAGUCAAACGUGCCAAGGCGGAAAAGUCCAAGACCAAGCUGGAGAAGGACCACGCUAAGGCAUCCAAAGAAGUCGGUGUUGCCCUUCGUGAUUUGGAAAAGCUCGAAGAAGAGGUCGAGAACCAGGGAGAGAAGUCCGAGUCCCUCCAAGCGAGUGCAACGGAAGCGUCGGAGGCACUGUCCGCCAAGAAAGAAGAGCUUGCCACGCUGAAGGCAGAACUCGACGAAAAGGCUGCUGAGCUCAAUGAGACGCGGGCCAUCGAGAUUGAGAUGAAGGAGAAGCUCGAGGAGAACCACAAGGCUCUAACAGAGAACCAGAGAAGGCUCCGUUACUGGGAUGAGAAGCUCAAGAAACUUGUCCUUCAGAACGUGAGCGACUUGGAAGGGGCGCCAGCUCCGAAACGGCCUGAGCCGAUCAAGGAAGCCGAGGAGACUGACGGCACCCCCGACUCCCCGACCGGGCAACUAGAGGCCGAAGCCGAAGAGGCCAGCAAGCUCGAAGGGGAUGAGGAAGAGGACGAAGAGGAAGAGACCUCAGAUGAUCAGCCUCAAACUCAACCAGACGAGUUGCCGCGCUUCACCGCCGAUGAACUCAAGGACAUGUCCAAGGAAACUCUCAAGGCUGAGAUCGCAGCUCUGGAGGAGAAGACGCAGAACGUUAACGUCGAUCUCGGUGUCCUGUCCGAGUACCGCCGCCGUGUAGAAGAGCACGCAGCUCGCUCCUCAGAUCUCGCCACCGCCGUCUCCCAACGCGACGCCGCCAAAAAGCGGUGCGAUGACCUGCGACGCCUGCGGCUCGAGGGCUUCAUGGAGGGCUUCAGCACCAUCUCGCUACGCCUCAAGGAGAUGUACCAGAUGAUCACCAUGGGUGGUAACGCCGAGCUCGAGCUUGUCGACUCCUUGGACCCCUUCAGUGAAGGUAUCCUCUUCUCGGUCAUGCCGCCCAAGAAGAGUUGGAAGAACAUCAGCAACCUCAGUGGUGGUGAGAAGACCCUGAGUAGUCUGGCUCUGGUCUUUGCCCUCCACCAUUACAAGCCCACGCCACUAUAUGUCAUGGACGAGAUCGAUGCUGCAUUGGACUUCAGAAACGUAUCGAUUGUAGCAAACUACAUCAAGGAGCGUACGAAGAACGCCCAGUUCGUCGUCAUCUCCCUCCGUAACAAUAUGUUCGAACUCGCAGCACGGCUGGUGGGCGUCUACAAGGUCAGCCACAUGACCAAGAGCGUCACCAUCGAAAACAGGGACUACAUUCAACGCGGCGCUGUUCCGAGGAGUGGCCCCUCUGGGACUACGACAUUGGCCAACUAG